CCUCAACCUUCUACCACUGAGGUCAAGCAACACCGCGCCAUUAGUCACAAUGGCGACGGAACAGCAGCCCGUCAACGACACCGCUACCUCCUCGAACCCCGAACUCGACGUCAAGAAGCUGCAUGCGCUCCCUUCAGAACAGCAAGAUCUCUAUCUACUGACCUUUACGUCUGAUCUUGCUCGACAUGUCGGAAACUUAGAUGCGGAUGGGGCAUCUGCGCACCAGAUAUAUAUCAAGAAAGAGCUAUUCCAAGUCAUUAAUCUCAAUUCCCCAGCACCUACAAGGGUCAUCCGAAAUAAUCUGGGCCGGGCAUUCGCGGGCAUAUUCGAAAAGGGGGAUAGAAAGCUGCUAUUCGAGUCGAUCAACGAACUAUGCGCUAUUCUGAAUGCUGCAGGAAAGACAGAGAAAGACAUAAGGACAAAACAUGCCGCAGCAUACUGCCUGGGUUCCGUAUUUGAGGCUGCAGGGGAUAGCGCCAUCGGGCUCUCACCGCUCGCAGCCACAUCGCUGUUACGUCUCGUCAAACUCGCUCAAAACCACACCGGCCUGAGGGCAACCAUAUUCAAGGCAGUAGGCAGAGUUAUCAAAGGUGUCGGUGGCUCCGCCGAUGAGAUUAUCGCAAGAGAUGCUUGGAAACAGGCGCGUUCGGCGUGCUCCGGCGACAAGUCUCUCUUGACGCAGGCCAACGCAUGCUACUGCUUGGAGAUGCUUGUCAGGCACACCUCAUACUUUGACAACUCAAAUGAUUUCGAAAAGUUGCAGACGGCUAUAUGGAAGGUGAUGGACAGCGGCUCGUCUACAGUCAGACGUGCUGCUGCAUCGUGUUUGAGUGCAGCUUUGGUGAAGAACUACAAUGAGACUGUACCAAUAGAAAUGCCAUUGGUCAGAUCGAAAACCAUGAAGAAGAAAGCCAGGAAAGGGACUGAUCUAGAUGGCGAUGAAGAUGUAAUGGAAAGACCUGAAUCACCGGCUCCCAAAGCAUCCAGCACUCAACUUGCUUUCAGCCUGUCCGCAUUACUCAAGCUUUUGUCGACGCAAUAUUGCAAGCCUGCGACCGGAACUCGAGCAAGAGCGGGAAUUGCGAUAUGCUACACCAAGACACUACGAGGGCUGGGAGAAAGUCUGGUAGAAAGCAAAUAUGGAGAGAUCGCGCGUCACUUCUUUGUAGAUCUCCUCAGUCAUCCUACAAUCGUCCAAAAUCGAUAUCGAACGCUAAGUACACGCAAGUUCGUGGCUAUCAUCCUAGAAACCGUCGUCGGCCGGGAAUUGCUCGGAGAAGGAGGCCAAUUGAACGCUGCGAGAUUCCUUGUGAACGAGGUUCUUAAAGAUUAUCCUCAAGCCUUGAAAGAGCGGCCAGAACCAAGCAAACAGACACUGAUCGGUGCUUUGAGCGCAUUAUCAGCCUUGUUCAAGAGCUUAGGAUCAGCCUCGAACGUCCUCGCAGAUGCUUGCAGGGAUGGUCUCCUGCAAGUACUUCAGCAUCCCAGCUACACGGUCCAGGUGUGGGCUUCGUCCUGUCUCCGUGCCUUUGUACUGGCAUGUCCGCUACAACUCCUUCCUUCCGUUACCAUAUGCAUGAACAGCGUCAAUCGGGAACUUGGCUUGCUAGGCAGCCCACGUCAAUCGCCUCGUCGGUGUGUUGGACUUGCCAAUGGUCUCUCUGCAAUAUUGAGCACUUCCACAUCUCAACCUUUGCAUGGAUCGGUCGACGUUAAUUCCCGUGUGCUCUCGCAAGCUACUUCUUUGCUCAAGUCAGCAAGCAAUUCUGAUCUUCGCGUAUCAUCGACACAGAUCCAAGUAGCCUGGAUCUUGAUUGGGGGCUUGAUGACCCUUGGACCAAACUUUGUCAAGAUCCACCUAUCGCAGCUGCUUUUGCUAUGGAAGAAUGCGCUCCCCAAACCUCUCAACAAAGACAACAUGGUUCAACGAAAUGUUCUCGAAUUGAGCUUCCUAGCUCAUGUACGAGAGUGUGCUCUGGGGUCGAUUCUUACAUUCCUGGAAUUCAACAACAGACUACUGACUCUAGACGUCACAAAGCGUCUUGCUGCUAUGCUUCAAAAUACUACGAUGUUCCUUAACACACUUCCAGCGAAGAAAACGACAGAUGAUGUCAAUCAGCGGUUAUCUCCUGCUCUUCAGCUUCUUGACUUUGACCUCAUGGUCAGACGACGAGUUUUGCAGGCCUAUACGAAGCUUGUAGACUUGAGCCCGGCCGGAAGCAGUGAGGUCCUUUUGCAAACAAACUUGCUUCCUUUUGCCAUUGCAUCGUUUGCAGACCCGGACAAGUACACAACGACUUCCCUUGGUACUUCAAUAGCAAGCUCCGCUGGUAAUUUCGAAUCCAUAUGGGACGUCGCCGAUAAUCACGGUUUCGGAGUGACCGGCCUCGUCAAGGGCUAUGAUAUCUGUCCCCUUGCUGGGGAGCAAGAUGCAAGCGGAAAACAUCACUGGGUCACUAGACAUGGGCCAGAAGCAACCAUCGACGGCACACUUCUUUCUCCUGUUUGUGGAGCCCGCGAACAUGAUUCGAUAUCUCUCUAUAUCCGUGGCGACUCAGAUGAUUUGCCCCAUCCUCCUGCCACGGAAGUCGUGAACUCCGCCCUCCAGCUAUUUGCUAUCUGCCUACCUCUACAGACUCCCAAAAUUCAAGAGAGUAUUCUAGAGCAGAUGACAUCAUUUCUAUCGGCUAGCAGCUUGCAAAGGGAUCCGCAUAGGAAAAUUGCUUUGAUGGUCAAUAUUGCAUACGCACUUCUGUCAGCUCUCAAGGUUGCAGCUAAAGAAACGAGAUCAACUCCUGGGGAUCUCAAAGGCGCAGCUGUGGAGAAGGUCAUUCAAGACCUCCUACACGUGUUUGUUGUUCUUCCCGAUCCCUAUCUUCGUAAUCUUGCGAGUGAAGCCUUGGGCCGCCUCUGCAACAGCUCUGGCAAUGCUUUUACUACAACGGAAGUCAAUUAUCUAGUUGACCAAAUUGUCGCCAAUCGUGAGCCUAAUGCACGAUCUGGGUACGCAGCAGCAUUGGGGUGCAUCCACUCCCAAUUAGGCGGAAUGGCAGCAGGCUACCAUCUCAAGAACAUUCUCGGUAUACUCAUGUCUCUAGCUAACGACCCUCACCCUGUUGUCCACUUCUGGGCUCUUGAAAGUCUGGCAAGGGUAGCAGACUCUGCUGGCCUAAGCUUUUCUGGCUCGGUUAUGGGUACUCUUGGUAUGCUCGCUCAGCUUUACGCAGCUGAUACGCAUAACGAGGAAUCCAUCUCGUUGGCAUCAUCAAACAUUGAGGUAGACCUACCUACGCCAGCUGUCAUUGUUAGGUGCAUAGAAAGUGCAAUCAAUGUCCUCGGGCCAGACCUGCAGGACAUGGCGAAAGCACGCGACAUGAUCAUGACCCUCAUUGGUCUCUUCAAAACAGAGCCGGACGACUUGAUUGCCGUAGAGGCUCUUAGAUGCCAGGAACAUGUAUCUCUCUACGCUCCUGGUCAUAUGGAGUUUGCUCUUUAUGUCAAGCAGCUACAGCAAGGUCUCGAAAGCAACUCAGCUCAGAUACGCGACAUGAGCGCCGAUGGACUGCAUAACUUGAUGAGGCGGAACACCGAAGACGUCCUCAAAGCAGGCGACGAAGGUCUUGAAGAUCAACUGUGGCAUGUUCUUGACCGUGAACCGGAUCAUGACGUUGUGAGGAACAUCAUCCGCAACUGGCUCCACCAAACUGGACUCAGUGACACCCCUGCUUGGGUACAAAGAUUCCAGUCAAUUCUCACCAAGACGAAGCGCGUAGCAGAGGCUGAUCAAACAGAAGAGAAGCCCAGAGGUGGUGUCACAGAAGUAGUUGAUGAAGAGGUUGCCGGAUUCGCGGCAUCUUCUAAUGCGACUGGCACUGAGGUCAAUGGUCCUGGAUCUGCAACCCAAGAGUUACUGAAGUGGCAGGUACGAACUUUCGCCAUGGACUGCCUCAGUGAACUUGUCGCUAUGGUAACUAAGGAAGCAACUUUCCGAGAGGAGUCCGAAUGCGUGAUGGCUCUCCAGCACAAGGUCGCCGAUGUCGUGCGAAUAGCUUUUUCCGCAUCAACUGCCGGAGUUGUCCAGCUCCGAAUUCGUGGAUUGAAGAUUAUCGAUCAAAUUCUCAAGUUAUUUGGUAAAACGCCGGACCCAGACUUCGCAGAGGUGACACUGCUCGAACAGUAUCAGGCCCAAAUAGGAUCGGCACUUACACCAGCUUUUGCGGCAGACUCGUCUCCGGAAUUGGCUGCUGAGGCGGUGAAUGUAUGUGCCACAUUCAUUGCCACUGGAAUUGUGACAGAUGUCGAUCGAAUGGGCCGUAUACUGAAGUUGCUUGUCUCGGCCCUCGAGAACUUCUCAAGUGAAUCGGAAACUGCCUCAAUUGGAGACCUCAAAGGGUUGAGUUCCAAUGCUCAAGUCAUGGUCAAGAUGGCUGUGUUUUCAGCCUGGGCCGAACUUCAGAUCGCCAGUGCCGAACAAACCUACCUGAUCGAUGUUUUGAAGCCACACAUUGCAAAACUGACCCCUCUGUGGCUUUCUUCGCUUCGAGAGUAUGCGCGGUUGCGGUUUGAGCCUGAUAUCUCGUCCAUGGGAUCUGCGUCACUAUCAGGCAGUCUAGACACAAUUUACGCUGCACUCAAUCGUGAAACAUUACUCACAUUCUACCAGGAGUCUUGGCUCAACCUUGUUGACGCCAUUGCCAGCCUCAUUGACGAAGACAGUGAAUUUGUCUUCGACGCCCUCGACGGCAAGACCGAACUUUCGGCCGAUAGCACCAAGACGAAAAUCAAUGACAGCAUCAACUACCGUGACGAACCAGUGGCUUUCUUUUUCGUACUCUUCGGACUUGCGUUUGAAGCCUUGGCUGGGCGUCCUGGUGAUCUCCAGGCUUCGAAAGAACAGAUCCUUGAGAUUUUGCGGGCCUUGAAGAAGAUUCUUCGACCGGCAGUCUCUGGUCACGCAAUUUACCAAGAAGUUGUCUUUUCUGAAACGAUGGAUAUGCUCGAUCGUUUGGUUCUCACAGAAGGGUUGAACAUACAGACAGUCAUUGUUGAGAUAGCCAGAAAUCUCUGCCUGGGUCAUCCAUCAGCGAGGAGAAGCCAGAGCUCUACCCCUGGCGAUGAACAUCUUUCAGACGAUAUUGACCAGCUCUUCGAGCUUACCAAGAUCAUGGUCCUAGUGCUAACUGGCCUUGUACCAAACCUCGAUGAUACAAAGACUAGAGCACGCUACGACCUGAACGAAGAGGCUAUGGCCUUGUUGAACACCGCAUUGUCUGCUCUUGUAGAUGCUGCCCAGGUUUUCCCCUCCAUUAUCAAGGGGGAUCUUCACGCUUGCAUUCUGCACAUUUUUGCUACAAUACUCGGCACUGGAGCUUGUCAAGCUACAGUCGUGCCAACCGCGCUACCCAUCUUGAAACGAUUUGUUAGCAGUCUCACCGUCAACCCACACCCCGACUCGACAGAUCAAUUACGCGCCACUAUCACGCGCUUCCUUCAAAUACUCAAACUCGCCCAGAAUCGCGAAUUCGAAGCAGCGCUUGCAUGUGAGAAGAAUACCAUCCUGGCCACCACGAUUGUCUUGAGCUCUUCAGCAAGCCUCUUCCAGCCUCAUGAUCCACUUAUCCAGCGUUUCGUCGAAGAACUCUUUGAGUGUUUGGGUAAUCGCAUGACAAGCAAAGUCGCUGCAGGCUGCUGCCGCUCGCUACUUCUGCUUCCCAAAAGAGGCCAUGUGGAGACUGCAUUGGCAUCCCAAAUCCUCCCGCGAGCACUGUCUUUCCUGGCGAAUCCAGAAGAUGUCGAAGGCUUGGAUGAGACGCGAACCAUAUUGGCAUCUACACUUGUAGCAUUUAUAUCUACACUCACCCAGCCUGAGCAGCGACAGCUUGCUGCGAAGAUCAUCGUUCCAGCCUUGCUAGCGCGUACCAGUAAAGAACAAAAUGCCACAGGCGAGACGGCUGCAAGGUUACUGGAAUUCGCUGGCUCAGAUCAAGAGACUUUCAAGUCAGUUGUUGCAGGCUUGAGUGCCGACCAAAGAACAUACAUGGAGAAUAUUCUAAAGAGUGGUGUUGGUACGAAGAAGACUGUACAAAAGGAAACAUCGGAAGAGCCAACCAUCGCUCUAAAGAUGAAUUUUGGCUCAUGAAGUAGAUAAUUGGAGAUUGUGCAUCUGAUGCAGCGCAGAUACCCGGCAUGUAGUAUUUAAUAGAGAAAAUCG